AUGAUUGCUGACUACUUGAAGAGUGAAAGUUUUGAGAAUAGUGUAAAUGAAGUAAAGAAUGAGAGGAAUGGGAGUCAGAGUGAGAGUAGUGUAAAUGAAGUAAAGAAUGAGAGGAAUGGGAGUCAGAGUGAGAAUAGUGUAAAUGAAGUAAAGAAUGAGAGGAAUGGGAGUCAGAGUGAGAAUAGUGUAAAUGAAGUAAAGAAUGAGAGGAAUGGGAGUCAGAGUGAGAAUAGUGUAAAUGAAGUAAAGAAUGAGAGGAAUGGGAGUCAGAGUGAGAAUAGUGUAAAUGAAGUAAAGAAUGAGAGGAAUGGGAGUCAGAGUGAGAAUAGUGUAAAUGAAGUAAAGAAUGAGAGGAAUGGGAGUCAGAGUGAGAAUAGUGUAAAUGAAGUAAAGAAUGAGAGGAAUGGGAGUCAGAGUGAGAAUAGUGUAAAUGAAGUAAAGAAUGAGAGGAAUGGGAGUCAGAGUGAGAAUAGUGUAAAUGAAGUAAAGAAUGAGAGGAAUGGGAGUCAGAGUGAGAAUAGUCUUGCAGUUGCCAGUUUCUAUGAGCAUGGAGAUGAUGACGAUGUACAAAUUGUGGAGGAAACAAUUGCUAAUGAAGAUAUAGCACAGCAACCCCCUCCCCAAAGAACUGGAGCCACAAAGUCAAGCAGGUUUGGCACUAUAUCUGCUCUGACACAAAGUGACAGCGACAAUUCUGAUUCUGAUGAGCAGGGACAGGCAUUUUACGCAGGGGGCUCAGAACACAGUGGACAACAAGUGUUAGGGCCACCAAAGAAAAAAGAAACUGGGAAGAAAAUCGUGGAUAGUCUCUUCAAAUCAGCAAAAGAACAUGGUGCAGAAGAAAUCGGUGGAGAAGGGUCUCAGUCACAGGCACCAGGAGGCAGUCGCUUUGCAUUUCGUGGUGCUGGAUACAAACUGGGGGAGACAGAGGAUGACCCAGUCAGUAUGGUCCAAGGGAAACCCAUGGAGACCGAGAAAAGACAGGUUGAUAUGGUACUAAAAUUAUGGAAGAAUGGAUUCAGUAUAGAUGAUGGCCCUUUGCGUGAUUUUCACGAUCCAGCAAACAAAGAGUUUCUAGAUGCUGUAUCCAGAGGGGAGGUUCCAAGGGAGCUGAUCAGUCGAGGGAAGGAAGUUAAUUUAAACAUGGAAGAUCAUCGGACAGAGGACUAUGUCCAACCCAAAGUCUCACUCAAACCUUUCACAGGGGCUGGUCACAUGUUAGGAAGUCCAGCGCCAUCUGUAGUAAAAUCUCCAGGGAACACCUCCAGUAGUUCAGGAUCUUCAGAGGAAACUGCUAAACAAAGGGUCAAGGUCGAUGACAAGUCCCCAACAACCAACCUGCAAGUCAGACUGGCAGAUGGUUCAAGAUUAGUGAUAAAGUUGAAUCAUACACACAGAAUCAGCGACAUCAGGAAUUACAUAACAAUCGCCCGUCCAGAGUACGCCUCAUCCAACUUUGUCCUGUUGACGACUUUUCCAAACAAAGAACUCUCAGAUGAAAGUCAAAAUUUAGCAGAUGCUAAACUCUUAAAUGCAGUUAUUGUGCAAAGAUUAAAGUGAACUUGGACACUCUUGACUUGAUGCUAAUAGUUUGAGUUAACUCCCUUAGGUACGAGGUCGUAUCCAACAUACCGAAACAGUUUAGCUUUAUUUAUUCUUUGGAAUUUGUAUCAUAUUACAUCUUGAACAUUCAUUUAGAGUAUACAUUAUGUAAUUUUUUUUAUCAAAACGAUAAUAGACUUACACGGAAAUUUGUUUGAAAGAACUGAAGUUUGAAGCUGGUUUGUAGAUUAUUUGUUUAUAGCAAUUGUUGUCUCAAAUCAUGAUGAGAAUCAUGAAAAUAAACUUGUUGAAGACUAGAAACAUCA